AUGCCUACAACCAGUGAAUUAGGAAAACGAAAGAGAAAGAAGAAGGCACUUGAUGAAGAUUUUGUAGAUAUUGAUGAUUCAAGAAAUAAGAUUGGUGAGGAAGAGGAUCCUGAGGAACGUCUAGAUGCAGCUGAAGAUGAUGGUGUCGGAGUGCAGAAUACUUCUUCUCGUUCAUCCAAAUCAAAAACUGUUAGCAGUAAAAAGAAGAAGAAGCAAUCUUCCUCUACUUCAACCAUUUCUUCAUCCUCUUCAUCGGAACGAUCCCCAGUAUCAUCUCCGGUGCAACAGUUGUUUCAGCUACACACCUCUUCUUCAAGGAUGAUACAAAGUAGUCAUACCCACAGCAGCAGUGAUCAUGAAGAUGAAUUGCUCAACAAUAAUGAAGAAGAGGAACCCUCCUCGUCUCCAACACCCACGAAACCAAAGCCUGUGUUGGUUUCUCCCACAGCCUCUUUGUUUUUAACUCAAGUUGACCAAGAGAGCAACAACCAAGCAAAUGUACCCAUAGCGACUGUAGCAUCCUCAAAGAGAAGAUUCAAAACCAAGUCAACCCUAGCAAGCGUAAGUGCAGCUUCUUCAUCGCCCACUACAAGCACUGGUUCGCCAUCAUCAGACACAGACAAGAAAGGAGGCACUGUUACUAGGAAGACCCUAGUGCUUGUGAAUCAACCUUCUUUGUCAUCAGCCCCAAUAUCCACAGGAGCAUCUUCAUUGAAUGCUGGUGCUACCAACAAUAAUAACAAGAUCAAUGGAGAGACCUUAAUAACCUCUCAAAAUGACACGAAUAACCUCAAUAGAAGCAUCAAUAGUCAGGCGGUCGUUCCUUCAAGUGAUAACAGCCCGUAUAAUUUGGAUGAUUGGUCAUUCAUUACUAAUCAUAAUGGAAUAUCAGUGGAGUUCAAAAAAUCAAGAGAUGCAGUCUUUGUUUCUUCCUUUCCAAAGGUGUUGUACACUCUCACUUGGAAGCACAAGUAUGAUCUCAAAAUUGUUUCUGAAGAUCCGGUCUUUAGAGGAGUUUCCAAUAAGGUCAUGAUCGCCAAUGUACAGGUUGACUUGGUUAUGGGACGAGAUUUCACACUUCCAUCCUAUGAGCCAAGCAAAGCAAGCAGGCAAAAAUCAUCUUCUAAUGAUGAAGAUGAAAAUGGCCGAAAGAAAAAGUCUCACAAAAAGCCUAGCGAUGUUGAGACCAUCACUCUCACUUCCGCUUCUAAGGAAAAUGACAAUUGUAUAAUACUAAGGUUUGGUAUUAAUAGGACAUAUUGCUCUAAAAGGUUCAACUAUGCGCCAUUUAGAUUGAAAAUCGACUAUACAGGUACCACGCCCUUCACGCUAUACUCCCCUAUUUUCCAUUCAUUUGCUAAAAAGUUGAAUGAAUCUACAGUGAAAAAUGUGAAUGAAAUUCUCAAAAGAAUAGACGAUUCCUUAGUUCUACCACUACAGAACGCUGAAGACGUUUCAACUCCUUUCCAGUCUGUGUUUUGUGAUACAAUACCAAAUGCCAGUCCUGCUCCGUCGUCAGCAGUUGUACCCAACCAAGUCAUAUUUGUGGUACAAAAUGGAUCCUCCACGACAAGCAAUAAUUCGAAUGGUGCCAACCCAAGUGACACAAACAAGAUUCAUGAAGAUGCUAGUCUUUUAUUGUCACUGGGAGCCAUGUUCAAGUAG